GGAACGAGCCGAAUCCCGCUACGGCAAAAAAAGGGGGGAGGAAGAUCGUGAUGGCUGCACAUUGCUGUCCCUUCUAGGCAUGUUACUACAUACCUCUUAGAUCUAUAUUUUUAUGAUGCAGGCGCAUGUACCUUGGGAUGCAAGAUGCUCUGCAUGCGUGUAGUUUACUGCAGUAUUUCAACUAGAAACGGCAUUUAAGGCAACAUGAGGGAGUUUUGCAGAAGGUACGAAUGUACGAAUGUACGUCCUGGCAGAGCGUUCCUGCCUCAACUGGUUACUUCUGUGUACCAUACAUGUACAUAUGCUUCGGUUACCUAAUUCCAAUUGAAGUAUCUGCCUACCUAGAAUGCAGUUGCCCACCGAAGGUAUUAUCCGUCUCUUUGCACAUGCCGUUAGGUCUUCGUAUUUUUGUCUCGGGUCGAUUACAAGCAACUUGCAACUUCAAUUCUUGACCAUCCGAGAACAUACUGAUCAACCUACGCAUACCUCUCGUUCCCACUAGAAUUUCAACUCUGGACUCUAGCACCCUCCUCUUCACUAUACAAUUCCAACACUCAAGAGGCUCUGAUACACAGUCUAUUCAUCAUGAAAUUCGCUGCUAUCUUUGCUAUUCUCGCCUUUGGCAGCUGCUUAGGCAUGACGGCAGUACUCAACUCAUCUCAGACUGCACUUGGCGUUGGAUCUGACAUGGUCCACCUUGGUCUCGAGAAACGAGAUGCCUUCACUUGUUACGGCUCUACCAACACCUCGGUCUCGGACUGCCAGAAGAUCAUUGAAACUAUUCGAAUCGACGAGCAGCAGGAUUUCGCACUCUACUCGGGUGUCUGCGCUGUCUGGAACCAAGGAUCGUGCAGAGUCCGCUUCUGCGCCCAGCCCUACGUCAACAGACCCGUCAACAGAUCUGCAACUUGGUUGACAACCUACAUAGCCAGUCCACUCCUGGACGGCUGCAUCGGCAAAGGAAACCUAGGAGUCAUGGCGGACCAUACUAACAUCAACAGCCACUAUGGCACGUACCGACUGUGGGUGGAUUGAUUCUCGAAUAUAUGACGUGGGAACAGCCCGUAUUGUUCUCAUGAAGCCUACGAU